UUAUAAUUUCAGUAUGUCAGCUUCAUCACGCCAUUUCUCUGUGAUAUUUUAGAAUCCCAUGAACUCUUCCCUUCUUUAUCCCGUUUUUCUGUAGUUCUGAACGGAAAUUUUGAGAACCCAUUUUCGUUUGUCUGUUCGGUUUCUUCUUCUCCAAUCUAUUCCUCGAAGACCCAUUAAUCCCCUGCGCCUGGUUUGUUCUCUGGAGUUCUAUUUUGGCUCAAGAACCAUGUCUGAGAGGAUAACUGCUGAGGAGAUUCUUAGUAAUAUCUCUGAAGUUUUUGCUGAACAUGGCCAAAAGGCGAAAUCAGUAUCGUUUUUCGGGGAAGAUAGUAAAUCGAGUUCAGUGACUGGUCAGAUGAAGCGGAUAUUCGGACGCCAAAAGCCCGUUUACCAUAUUCUUGGGGGUGGAAAAUCUGCUGAUGUGCUGCUAUGGAGGAACAAGAAAAUCUCAGCUAGUGUCUUGACUGGUGCAACUAUUAUAUGGGUGUUGUUUGAAUGGCUUAAUUACCACUUCUUGACUCUGCUUUGCUUUGCUUUGGUUCUUGGUAUGUUGGCUCAGUUCAUAUGGACAAGUGCCUCAGGAUAUAUGAGCAGAUCAUCGUCGUCGAAAGUUCCUCGAGUUGUUCUUCCUGAGGAACUGUUUGUCAAUAUUGCUGUCUCAUUUGGUGCUGAGGUUAACCGAGGUCUGGGUGUUCUCCAAGAUAUUGCUUGUGAAGGAAAUUUCAAACACUUCCUUGUGGCCGUAGUAAGCUUGUGGGCUGGUGCUGUGAUCAGUAGCUGGUGCAAUUUCAUUACUGUCCUGUAUAUUGGUUUCGUUGCUGCCCAUACGCUUCCAAUUCUGUACGAGAAAUAUGAAGAUGAAGUUGAUACUUUUGCAUACAAGGUUAUCGACCAACUCCGCGGUCAGUAUCAAAAGCUCGAUUCCAGUGUGCUUAGCAAGAUCCCUAAAGGAUCGUUCAAGGGAAAGAAGUAUGAAUAGAUCAUUUUGAACUCAGCAAACAAAAUGCCUAAACCAUCUCUAGUUGUUGUAAGGAGUUGGUUGUGUAUCAUAAGAAUGGGAAAAUAUUAUCCCUUUCAGCUAAGUAGUUGUAGGCUAAGAAGUUUGAAUUUGCCAUUCAGCUGAACCAGAAGCCAUCUUUGACUGAUUUUUGCAGCCAUUGGCUUAAAUAUUAGAACUGCUUCACAUUCAUA